AAAAAAAAAAAAAAGAAUUUAAAAAUUUCAGAAAAUCGUAAAACCUUUUUUUGAUUUAAACAAGUUGAAGAAGAAGAAGAACUGUUGUUUUUAUUUAUAUUAUAGACCAUUUAUCAGUCAUUGCAAAUAGUUCUCCUGUCUAAUCACGUUCAUAUAAAACAAAAACAAUAUCUAAAAUGUCACAAGAAUUAAAAGCAUACACUAUUGAUGAAGUAUCUCAACAUAACACCACUGAUGAUUUAUGGAUUGUUUAUAAUGGUAGAGUGUACGAUGUUACUAAAUAUCUAGAUGAACAUCCAGGAGGUGAAGAAGUUGUGGUUGAUGUGGCUGGUUCCGAUGCUACUGAAGCUUUCAAUGAUAUUGGUCAUUCUGAUGAUGCUCAUGAAAUUUUAUCUGGUUUAUUGGUUGGUAAAUUAGAAGGUGGUGUGGUUAAGGAAACUACAUCUAUUAUGGAUAGAACUGGAGGUGAAUCUAGUUCUACUUCAUUCCCUUUGAUUGCUGUUGUUGUGUUUUUAAUUGCAUCCGGUGCUUAUUAUUUCUUACAACUUAAAUAGAUUAAUUGAAGAAUCAAUCAUUCAUCCAUCAAAUCUCAUAACUGUUUAAUUCUAUUUAAUUAGUUCUUCAUAUUAGUACCAUCAUAACAUAUGAUGGUACUAUUAUAAUCGCUUCCAACCUUCCCCUCAUCUCUAGUUUAGAAUAUUCAAUCCUUUUUAUAUGUUAUAUAGUUUUGAAUUAUCAGUAUUAAUUUAAUUUACAAUAAAAAAAUGUUUCUACUGUUGAUUUACGAUUAAUAUUAUAUCACACCUAUUGAAUCAAACUAUAUGAAUCGAAAGUUCGAUUAAUGAUCUAUCCAUUACAUUUACUCAUUUGUUCAUUAAAUCUCGUUGAACAUACUAUAAACACGUUGAAUACUGAUAUUACUGAUCAAUUCUUAUGGGUUUGCUUUUUGUUUGUUAUCUGAUUCCAUUUUUUUUUCCCACUCUGAGUUUUUGAUGAGCGCUAAACGACAAGAAAGUGUUCUGAUAAGAA